CAUCUCUAGUUUAUAACUUGGCGACCUCAACCUAGCUUCUGUUUUGUUUUAUGAUAGCCGUACGUACUGGAGCUUCUGCAAAUUUUGCUUGCGUUGGAGAAUUAAUGAUCAUGAUGAUGCGAAGAACAGGAAAGAAGAAGCAAAGUUUGUUAGUGAAGUUGAUGUUAAGUCCCAUUAGGGUUUUGAAGAGGGCAAGGCAGCUUUACAUGAAGGGGGUUCAAGACUGUGCCGGCGAGCUUGCUCAUGGCGGCGGUGGGGCGUGCUAUUCAACUUUUCCGAUCUCGCAUUCGUAUCAUCCUCACCGGACCUUCCUCGACGUGAAGCCAUUAAGGGCUCGUUUUGGUGGUGAUGAUGCUGAUACUGUUGAUGAACAGCGAGUUCUCAGAGGAGUUCAUCACGUCACAAAUAUGAAAAAUAACGCUGCAGAGAGCCAAACAAGGCUGCCUGUUCUUCGUAAGCGUAAUGGGACAAUGAUUAGAAACAUGGGACGAAUUGACGAGGAUAAACCUUGUAAUUUUGAGGAAGAUCAGAUCGAUAUGAAGACAACUACUGCACGUUUGGUGUUGCGUCCACGAAGAUCCUACUUUUAUUAAAACAUGAUUGCAACACAUAUACCUUCUACGUUGUUUUCCUCUUUAUUUGACAGUUGAGAUAUGGAAGUUAGAAAUAUGCUAGCCCCUACUUAUGUUCCAAGAGCACCGAGUUUGUCUUGGAGCACUUCUCUAGAAUA